AUGUCGUCGAGCCGUAGCCGCUUUGCGUCUGCCUCUCCGCUGCUCUCCUCGCGCCGCUUGCCCAGCGACUGGCCCGCUACGAACCCCAUCUUGGCCAUCAUUGCGAAACCCUUACUGACGGGUUUUGGCGGCAGCGCCGGUGCUGGUGCAAGCGGCCAUUUUGAUGCUGGUUCUGGUGUUGGCGCUGUUGAUAGUGAUGUGGAUGUUGUCGCCUUUUGGACUCCAACGUGCCGGGGCGGCGGUGUGCCAAAGAGUGACCGACUCAGUGCAGCCUCGCGCUCGGCCUCGGCCGCCUUGGCCAGCUCGGCCUUGGACGGAAUGCGGCCACGCUCGCGGCCUUCGCGUUCCAGACGGAUGCGACGCUGGAGAGACGUCUCGGCGGCAUGCUUCUUCUUGGUACCGCCAAUGUCCUCAUCCCCACCAAACGUCAUGGUCAUGUAG